AAUAGUCAAAUUGGCUUGAUCACUUUCUAUAUAUAGAUACAAUCCCCGUGACCCUAUUUCACAUUCCUCAAAAGCUCUCCCUUCUCCAUUAAUUAUAGCAAUGGCUUCUAAGCUCUUUUCUCUUGUAGCAUUUUCAUCAUUUCUCAUUAUUUUCAAUCUCCUUAGCUCUCCGUCUUUAGCUGAUGUCCCUCUAAACACUCCUCUCCCACCAGAAACAAUCUGCAAAUCCACCCCACACCCUUCUUAUUGCAUAUCUGUUCUUCCCCACAAAAAUGCCAAUGUCUAUGACUUUGGUAGGUUUUCAGUCCAGCAUGCACUUUCCCAAUCCCAUAAGCUCUUUGAUUCAAUUGAAAAGUAUCUUCAAACUAGCUCAGCUUUGCCACAGCCAGCAAUCCAAGCACUUGAGGAUUGCAAGCUGCUUGCAUUGUCAAACAUAGAUUUCUUAUCAAGCUCCCUCCAAACUGUCAACAAGACAAGUGGUGUUCUUUCUAGCUUGGCUGCUGAUGAUUCCCAAACCUUGCUUAGUGCCAUUUUAACCAACCACCAAACUUGUUCUGAUGGGAUUGAAUCUCUGCCAUCUUCAGCUGGAAGUGCCAUCAGUGAUCUGUCGGUUCCAAUUUCUAACAACACAAAGUUGUACAGUGUCUCUUUGUCUCUGUUCACCAAGGGUUGGGUGCCUAAGGACAAAAGUGGGGUGCCAAAGCGACCCAAGAGGCAAUUCAGGUUCGGAAAGGGACGGUUGAACCUGAAGAUGUCAAGCCACGCUCGCGCAAUUUAUGACGCUGCUAUCAAUCAUCGGAGAAGAAGGCUUCUUCAGGUAGGAGAUGAAGAGGUUUUGGUGAAGGACAUUGUGGUUGUGUGUCAAGAUGGAAGUGGAAACUUCACUACCAUCAAUGAGGCCAUCGCCAUCGCACCAAAUAACUCUGUUGCUAGUGAUGGCUACUUUUUGAUAUAUAUCACUGCCGGUGUAUAUCAAGAGUAUGUGUCAAUUAUAUCGAAAAAGAAGUAUCUGUUGUUCAUCGGAGACGGCAUCAACCAGACAAUCAUCACAGGAAACAACAGUGUAGGAGAUGGCUCGACAACUUUCAACUCUGCUACUUUAGUCAUGGAAGAAUCAAAUCUCAGAAGGGUACUGUUGCUGGCAGCGGCAUUCCUUCCAUUAGUGCUUCUCUACAUAACUGGCCACAUUGCCAGUGCAACUGUACAAGGCACAAGCACGAAACAUAUAUGUUAUCUGAGAGUUCUGCAAGACCUGAACCCGAAGAGGAACAGACCCCAAUAA